UUUGAAUAUACAAUUAAAACUAUUACAUGAAUCUCUUUGCCUUAUUACUAUAUUAUUUUCGGGGGGAAAAAAAAAGGUUUCCUAAAAUUAAGUUUUCUAGAAACUCUCUUUCGAGCUAAACAGAUCUUGCCUACAAACUAGUAGAAAUUCAUCUGGUACUCGCGACGAUAGUCUUAACCAUGUAGACGUUCAAGUUCAAGCGAAAAAGCUCAGACCUUUCUUGGCCCUCCCUCCCAAAAUUACAGCACAAGGAGAAGAACCCCAUACAAAGCAAAAAUGAGUAGAGGGUCGUUUAGAAGUGAUCACCGGCUGCUACACAUGGAGACGAUCACCGGCUUCUCGGAACCGAUCUGCAGAAUCCACCCUUUUCUCUGGAACCACACGCACAGACAGACCAGAGACUAUGUUCUGAUCUCUGGAAAGUGAGGGAAUAUGAAAUCUCUCCUCACUUUUCACCUGCUAACUCGUCGUCUUCUUUGGCGCUGGCGUUUCACGGCCCAUAUUGACUGAGAUUAUCACUAGCGCGGUUGUUCGUGUUGCUACUCAGCCUCAGGAAAAACUUGCACACCAGUCAUUUAGUCAACACGCAAGACACGUGAUAUUUAUCCCUGUAGGCCUGCCACCAUAAAGUUUCUCUUUGUUAUUCAUGAAAAAUUGCAAGACAAUGGAUAUUCAACUUUUAAUGUUGAUUAUCAUUAUCCUCUUGCCGCUUUUCCUGUCUAGAUUCUCAUAUGGAACUGAUAUCAUUACCGCACCCAGCUAUUUUAGUGAUGGCACAACCUUGGUUUCUAGUGAUGGAAGCUUUGAACUGGGGUUCUUCAGUUCUGGAAGAUCUGGUAAGAGCCGUUACUUGGGGAUUUGGUUCAGGAAAGAAGUUCAAACUGUUGUUUGGGUUGCAAACAGGUGCAAUCCGAUAAAUGACUCAUCUGGUGUUUUGAUGAUAAACAGCACAGGCAAUCUCGUACUCUUUAGUCAAAGCGGGAGUGUUGUUUGGACAUCAAACGUGAAGAAAGAAGCUCAAAACCCAGUAGUUCAGCUCCUGGAUUCUGGAAAUCUUGUUCUCCAGGAUAGAAAUGCUGGUAUUUUGUGGCAAAGCUUUGACUAUCCUACUGAUACUUUGCUUCCGGGGAUGAAACUUGGAUUGGACUUAAGGAGUGGUCUUAAUCGCCGACUGUCAGCAUGGAAGACCCCAGAUGAUCCAUGCCCUGGAGACUUAAUUUACGAGAUAGAGCCUUAUAAUUAUCCUGGUCUUGUUAUGUGGAAAGGCUCAAAAAAGUACUUCCGGUCUGGACCCUGGAAUGGCAUUGGAAUGAGUGGUGCACUCCACUUGAAGCCCAAUCCGUGGUUCAAGUUCAACUUCAUCUCAAAUGAAGAGGAGGUUUACUUCAUUUAUAACACGACAAGCAAAUUUGUAACCACAAGGGUCAUUUUGAAUCAAACUUCCACUAGGGGGGAGCGCUACUUAUGGAAUGAAGAAGCUAGGAAUUGGACAUUGUUCAAUCAGUUUCCUUGGGAUAACUGUGACAACUAUGGGACUUGCGGGGCAUAUGGGACCUGUAUGAAUGCAGCACUGCCGCCAUGUCAAUGUUUGAAAGGUUUCAGGUUUAAAUCACAAGAAGGGAGCUCAGUGGACUGGAUUCAGGGUUGUGUGCGUAACAAACCGCUGGACUGCCAGAAAAGAAAUGGAUUUAAAAAAUUUGGUGGGUUGAAACUGCCAGAUACUGAACAUUCUUGGGUGAAUAAAAGUAUGGAUCUCAAUGAGUGCAGAGCUAAAUGCUUGGAGAAUUGUUCUUGUAUGGCCUAUACAACCCUGGAUAUUAAGGAAGUCAGGGGCUGUGCGAUCUGGAUUGGUGAUCUACUUGAUCUUAAACAGGUCCAGUCUGGUGGACAGGAUUUAUAUAUUCGAAUGUCUGCUGCUGAUUCAGACCAUGACGAGACAAAAGGCAAUAGUAAAAUGAAGGCAGGACUGAUAAUUGCAACUGCCAUCCUUUUAGUAAUUGUUGUUCUUGUAAUCACCUAUUACAUUCUCAGGAUUCGUCAAAACAUAGAAGGAAGAGAAAAUGGCAAGGACAAUGAAAGGCAAAAUGAAGAUAUGGAACUCCCAUUAUUUGAGUUAGAUGUAAUAUCCAAGGCCACCAAUGAGUUCUCUUCCCACAACAAGCUAGGAGAAGGUGGCUUUGGGCCUGUAUACAAGGGUACUCUGCCAGACGGAAAAGAAAUUGCUGUGAAGAGGCUCUCAAGAAGCUCUGGACAAGGAUUAGUUGAGUUCAAGAAUGAAGUAGCACUUAUAGCCAAGCUUCAACAUCGGAAUCUUGUAAAGCUUUUAGGAUGCUGCAUUCAGGGGGAGGAGAAAAUGCUGAUUUAUGAAUAUAUGCCUAAUAAAAGUUUGGACUUCUUCAUUUUUGAUGAUGCAAGAAAGAAGCUAUUAGAUUGGUCAAGGCGUUUUCACAUUAUUUGUGGAAUUGCUAGGGGGCUUCUCUAUCUACAUCAAGAUUCUAGAUUGAGGAUCAUUCAUAGAGAUCUUAAAGCAAGCAAUGUUCUGCUUGAUAGUGCAAUGAACCCCAAAAUUUCAGACUUCGGCAUGGCUAGAACAUUUGGAGGAGAACAAUCUGAGGGCAGUACAAAGCGAGUGGUUGGAACCUAUGGUUAUAUGGCCCCGGAAUAUGCCAUUAAUGGGCUUUUCUCAGUAAAAUCUGAUGUUUUCAGCUUCGGUAUAUUGUUGCUGGAGAUAAUAAGUGGGAAGAAGAGUAAAGGGUUUUACCAUCUCAACCAUAGCCUUAACCUUAUUGGACAUGCAUGGAGAUUGUGGAAAGAAGGAAAUGCUUUACAACUGAUUGAUACAUCUGUACAAGAAUCUUGCACUCAAUCUGAAGUAUUAAGGUGCAUCCACAUUAGUCUCUUAUGUCUUCAACAACAUCCUGAAGACAGGCCGAGUAUGUCAUCUGUGGUUUUGAUGCUGGGUAGUGAGACAGCACUGACACAACCCAAAGAACCCAGCUUCCUUUUUGACAAGCAAUCAUUUGAAAUAGAUUCUUUAUUCGGCAAGCCUGAAUCAUCUUCAACCAAUCAACUUAGCCUGACAGUGUUGGACCCUCGAUGAAGGUUACUUGAAGACUACAUGCCUGUUGCUGCGAAGGUUGCAUACAGAAAUAGUGUUCAGGACUGCGUGCCAUAUAUAGCUCUAUUAUUUGUACCAAAUGAUGAUACCUAUCAUGUUUCCUUUAGAGUUCAUUGCUCAAUACUCAACAUAGAUCUGUGAGUUACUUAUCUUGUAUUUUA